GUUAAACCCUAACCACCAAAAGUCUUAAGCCUCAGAGUGCUGUCCUCCCCCAUUUUUGGCUGCUGCAUCCAACUAUUCCUCACUUCACUCGUUCACUCUCGACACUAAAACCCACUCUCGACAAUCUCCAAUUUCCAUUCCCAAAUCUCAUAUCCAUGGGUUUCCUCUCAAAUUCCAAGCUUCUCCAAUGGAGACCAACUUUCAUCAUUCCCAAACUACCCUUCCCCCGCUUCUCCUCCACUUCCACCGCCGAGCCUCUCUCCGAGCCCGACGACCACCACCACCACCCACCUCCCCCUCCUCCACCUCCAGGCGCCACCUCCUCCGAACCCCAAAACCCAUCCACCCUACCCGAUACACCACUCCCAGCAAACAAAGCCCAUCAGCACUCCCCGGAAAAGCCCGAAACAAUAAUCAUCAGGAUGAUUAGCAACCGGGCCUGGACCACCCGUCUCCAGAACUCGAUCCGCUCAGUGGCCCCACACAUGGAUUCCUCUCUCGUCUGGAACAUCCUCCAUGGCACCUCCUCUUCCCCCGACCAGGCCCUCCGCUUCUUUCGAUGGGUUGAGCGGGCCGGGCUCUUCGUCCACGACGCAGGCACCACACUCAAGAUGGUGCAGAUCCUUGGUCGCUUCUCGAAGCUCAACCAUGCUCGCUUGAUCGUCCUCGACGCCCCCAAGAAAGGCCUCCCCUGCUCUGAGGACAUGUUUGUUUCCCUUAUCGACGCCUACGGCCGCGCCGGCAUCGUUCAGGAAUCCGUUAGGAUCUUCCAGAAGAUGAAGGAGCUGGGCGUCGACCGCACCGUGAAGUCCUACGAUGCGCUUUUCAAGGUCAUUCUCCGCCGCGGACGGUAUAUGAUGGCGAAAAGGUACUACAAUGCUAUGCUUCGGGAAGGCAUCGAGCCUACCCGGCAUACUUAUCAUUUGCUGCUUUGGGGUAUGUUCUUGUCUUUGAGAUUGGAUUCUGCAAUUAGAUUUUAUGAUGAAAUGAAGAGUAGGGAUAUUUUACCUGAUGUUGUUACUUAUAACACUAUGAUUAAUGGGUAUUUCCGGUUUAAGAAUGUUGAUGAGGCGGAGAAGUUGUUUGCGGAGAUGAAGGGGAGGGGAGAUACUGUGCCCAAUGUGAUUAGUUAUACUACUAUGUUGAAAGGGUAUGUAGGGGCAGGGCGGGUUGAUGAUGCCGCGAGGAUUUUCGAGGAGAUGAAGUCUUGUGGUGUUAAGCCGAAUGCCGUUACCUUCACUACACUGUUGCCUGCGCUUUCUGAUGCUGGGAAAGCAGCUGAGGCGAAGAAUGUGUUGCGGGAGAUGGUGGAUAGGUAUAUUGCCCCCAAGGAUAAUUCCAUCUUCAUGAAACUGCUGAGUUGCCAGUGUGAGUGCGGUGACUUGGACGCAGCUGGGGAUGUGCUGAAAGGGAUGAUAAGGUUGAGCAUUCCGACAGAGGCUGGUCAUUACGGUGUCUUGAUUGAGAAUUUCUGCAAGGCCAACGUGUAUGACAAGGCAGUGAAAUUGUUGGACAAGUUAAUUGAGAAGGAAAUUAUCUUGAGACCGCAGAGUUCUUUCGAUAUGGAACCUAGUGCUUAUAACCUGAUGAUUAAGUAUCUUUAUGAAAAUGGCCAGACAGCUAAAGCAGAAACGUUUUUCCGCCAGUUAAUGAAAAAGGGUGUGCAGGAUUCAGUUUCUUUUAAUAAUCUGAUCCACGGGCACUCGAAAGAAGGAAAUCCUGAUUCUGCUUUUGAAAUUUUAAAGAUCAUGGGGAGGAGAGGGGUUGCAAGAGAUGCAGAUUCCUACAGGUUACUUAUCGAGAGUUACCUGAGAAAAGGGGAACCAGCUGAUGCUAAGACAGCUUUGGAUAGCAUGCUUGAAAGUGGACAUGUACCGGAGUCAACUCUUUUUAGGUCAGUAAUGGAGAGUUUGUUUGAAGAUGGCAGGGUCCAAACGGCUAGCAGAGUAAUGAAAUGUAUGGUGGAGAAGGAAAUCAAGGAGAAUAUGGAUUUGGUUUCUAAAAUUUUGGAGGCUCUUCUCAUGAGAGGUCAUGUCGAAGAAGCACUGGGCCGUAUCGAGUUACUGAAUCAAAAUGGAUUCGAGCCUAAUUUAGACCACCUACUAUCUGUUCUUUGUGAGAAAGAAAAGACAAUUGCUGCUCUCAAACUGUUUGAUUUUGCUCUUGAGAGAGACUAUAUUGUAGGCUUUUCAAUUUAUGAUAAGGUUUUAGAUGCUCUCUUGGCAGUGGGGAAGACUCUCAAUGCAUAUUCCAUCUUGUGUAAAAUUUUGGAGAAAAGAAGCGGAACAGAUUGGAGUAGCCGUGAUGAGCUGAUCAAGAGCCUUAAUCGAGAGGGGAACACAAAGCAAGCGGAUAUUUUAUCGAGAAUGAUCAAGGGGACAGAGGGUACUCCCCUAAAGAGAGAAGGAAAGAAGAAAUUUGCUCCAGCUACAUAAUUUGGUCCGUCUUAUUUUUCUUUUUUGGUUUUAGAGUUGAGAAGUAUUACAGGGUUAAAUGUUGAUCCUAAUCAGUUGUUUUUUUUUUAGAAUUCAAGAAUUGUUCUUUAUUCUGAUCCAAAAUUGCUAUUCCUUUUGACUAACUCUGUAGUCCCAUGUAUCAUAAUAAAUGACAUUACCUCCUUUUGUACAAAUUUAUUAUAUAAAACUGCAAUAUUCCUGAGAAGAAAUGUACUGCGCU